CCUCCACACAUGCGAGUGUCAGGUCCUGUUCUUAGAGUCAGGUACACAGGAGCGAGCACCGCCGAGCUCACGGUUAUUAGGGGGAAGAUGCUAGAUACGGAAGUGAGCAACUCAAAUGCCAUAAACCAGGAUGCUGGGGCGGCGCAACAGCCUCUAUUCGCUUCUUCACUCCCUGGGUAAUGGUGAGCAGCCAGUUCUUCCAGGCCUUCCAGCGCCGGAGCCUCGGGCGUGGACAAAAAGCGUCCGUACUCAGCCUGGGCCAGUUGGGAGCCCCCAGUCUCCGAGGUGGAAGAACAGUGCCCACCAGCGUGGUGGGGCUGCGGCCCGGAAACCCUGGGGGGAGCCCUGAGCCCUGGCGGGCUCUCGCCGCGUGGGCGCCGGGCAGACGGUUGGGGUGCGGGGCGGGGCCCGGCCGGGGGCGCGGGGCUCCAGGCCUCCGGGCUCGCCCCAGCCGCUCGGGGCCGGCGCACCGAUGGCGUUUCUAAGGUGACGCCGUCCACACCGGCCUUCUCCGCGGGCGGAGGAAACCCCUAUGAACCCUUCGGCCGCCUUCCUCGUCGGGCGCCAGAACAUCGGGUCAGAAGUUGAGAUUUCCACUAUUGAGAAACAACGGAAGGAGCUGCAGUUGCUCAUUGGAGAGCUGAAAGAUCGAGAUAAAGAGCUCAAUGAUAUGGUUGCAGUGCACCAGCAACAACUGCUUUCAUGGGAAGAGGAUCGGCAGAAAGUGUUGACAUUGGAAGAACGUUGCAGCAAAUUGGAAGGUGAACUACAUAAAAGAACUGAAAUAAUCAGGUCACUUACGAAGAAGAUAAAAACCCUUGAAUCCAACCAAAUGGAAUGCCAAACGGCUCUCCAGAAGACCCAACUACAGCUUCAGGAAAUGGCUCAAAAGGCAACACAUUCUUCUCUUCUCUCUGAAGACCUUGAGGCUAGAAACGAAAGCCUCAGCAACACGUUAGUGGAACUUUCUGCUCAGGUAGGACAGUUACAAGCUCGAGAACAAGCUCUCACGACAAUGAUAAAGCUAAAGGACAAAGAUAUUAUUGAGGCAGUCAAUCACAUUUCAGACUGUUCGAGUAAGUUUAAACUGCUAGAGCAUGCUCUGCGUGAUGCCAAGAUGGUGGAGACUUGUAUUGUGAAAGAAAAGCAAGAUUAUAAGCAGAAAUUGAAGGCACUUAAGAUUGAAGUUAAUAAACUAAAAGAGGACCUCAACGAAAAGACAACAGAAAAUAAUGAGCAACGAGAAGAGAUCAUUCGCCUCAAGCAAGAGAAAAGUUGCCUGCACGAUGAAUUGGUUUUCACAGUAGAGAGAGAAAAGAGGAAAGACGAAUUGCUUAAUAUUGCGAAGUCAAAGCAAGAACGCACAGAUUCAGAACUGCACAAUCUGAGACAGAUUUAUGUAAAACAACAGAGUGAUCUGCAGUUUCUUAAUUUCAAUGCGGAAAAUUCUCAGGAAUUAAUACAGAUGUAUGAUUCAAAGAUGGAGGAAUCAAAGGCUCUAGACUCCAGCAGAGACAUGUGUUUAUCAGACCUUGAAAAUAACUACCCAAAAGUCGAUGUUAAGAGGGAAAAAAAUCAGAAGUCACUGUUUAAGGACCAGAAAUUUGAAGCCAUGUUGGUUCAGCAAAAUAGGUCAGACAAGAGCUCUUGCGAUGAAUGCAAAAAGAAACGGCUGAUCAAUACUGCCUUUGGGGAGAAAAGUGUAAUUACGCUGUCGUCCAUAUUUACAAAAGACUUAGUAGAGAAACGGAAGUCCUGGCCUCUGGGAGGAAAAGCCCAGAUUGAACCCGAAAACAAAAUUACACUGUGCAAGAUCCAUGCAAAAUCACCAAAAUGUCACGGAACUGGGGUUCAGAACGAAGAAAAACAACCCUCGGAAACGCCCACUUUAUCUGAUGGGAAGCAGUGGCACGACGUCAGUGUUUACCUGGGCCUGUCCAGCUGUCCAAGUUCAAAACAACCGGAAAAGCUGGAUGUAGAAUGUCAAGAUCAGAUGGAAAGGUCCGAAAUCUCAUGCUGCCAGAAAAAUGAAGCCUGUCUGGGUGAAAGUGGCAUGUGUGACUCCAAGUGCUGCCACCCAAGUAACUUCAUAAUUGAAGCCCCAGGCCACAUGUCUGACGUGGAGUGGAUGAGUAUUUUCAAACCUUCCAUGAUGCAGAGAAUUGUCCGCCACAAACCUGGGUGCACGUGUUCGGAAAGCAUCUGUGGGACAAGACGUGAUUCCCUGGCAAGUGAGCUAAUUGCCAUCCAAGAUCCCCACUCUUUGGGCUCUUCAAAAGCUGUCUUGAGAGAAGAUGAGACAGAGUCCCCUUCCGAAAAAAAGAACUCACCUAAGAGUUUGUUAAUCUAUGAAGAGGCACCAACACUCAAUGAAAAGGCUUCAAUUGUGUUGUCCUCCCAGGAUGAAUUCUCACCCACGAGCAAGCUCCAGCGUUUGCUGGCGGAGUCUCGUCAGAUGGUGACGGACCUGGAGCUGAGCACGCUGCUGCCCAUCAGCCAUGAGAAUCUCACUGGCAGCGCCAUGAAUAACUCGGAGGUCCCAGAAGAGUCAGCUCAAAAAAAUACCUUUGUCAGUUACUGAAGGAAACAAAAGGCAACUUCAGUAUUCAUCAUGAUCGUGGCAGAUUUCUCAUCUAUGUGGAAGGCAGAAAGCAGAUGCUAAUACCGAAUGAAUGCUUAACUGUAAAACUAAAAGAGGAUUCUAGUUCUUCGUAAACAACACUUAAUUCCAACGCAGAGCAGAAUCAGAAAGGUUAAUUUUUAAACAUCUACACUUUGUUUAUUUUCAAGUUAACCAUUUUUGUGCAGAAGAAAUAUUUUCAUGUGUAAGAAAUUAGACCUUAUUGUACAUAUACAAACUUGGAAUUAUGCUAAGAAUGAAAAAGGCUUCUCUAUAAAGAUACAGACUACAGUUAAGUACUAGAGAAGCUCUUUAAAAGUGUAAACGUCAAAUAGAGAAAGAACCCCUGCAUAUAAAGUGCUGUUUUAACUCUCUGAUUUUUAAAAAAUCUGUGCAUACAAAUUUAAAUUAUAAACAAUAGCUUAUCAGAGUCAGGUCAAAAUAUUUGAGAAAUAGUAUUCUCUCAUGGUUUUAGCUCUUGACUUUGCUGUGUAAAUAGACGUAAAGUGCUUUGAAAUAAAAUGUGACUGGAAAAUAGCUCCUUGGUUACUCAAGGUCCUUCUGUCCCAAGCUGAGCAGAGCCCCAUUUUCCUGGGUCUAUAGCAGUCCCACCUGCUUACACAAACAAAAGCUUGCUGGCAGAUCAAGUUUUAUAUGCAUUUUAAAAAAUCCUAAAGACUAAAGCACUUCCGUUUUAACUUGUAAAAUAAUUUAAUUUUUUAAAGAAUAUACUCUGUGCCUCUGUGUCUUUUCUGAAAGAAUUGAUCAGCUUCAGUCAAUAAAAGAUAUUUUUAAUACUAAAGAAAAAAUAUGUUUCCUUGGUUUCUUUUUAUUUCACAGGAGUAAAAUAAGGAAGGUCCAUCGCUUUAAACUGAACCUGGCAAGUUAAUUUCCUCAGGAAUGGGAACGUAUUUUUUUAAGCAUUGCAGAUAUCAAAGUUCUAUUGUGCUGAAUAAAUGCCCCUUUGUUAA